AUGAAAGAACCCCGGAUUUUCCCUAGAGAGCGGCCAACUCCUUGGACUCGUGCUCCACUGCCACCCCGCGGACGGCUCGACGGCUCACUGGGACCACAGGGGGGUCCUGUUCUGAACACAGGCCACCCACUGGGCGUGAACUCAGAUCCUUUCCUUAUGGCAGCUGGUUCUCUUGGUGGAACUCUGGCCCCAUUUCCAAGGAAUCCAUCUCCUUUUCCAACUCCAUCAGGCCCUUUGGCUUCAAAUCCAGCGCCCUUCCCUGCUGGUGCUCGUGACCCAAGUAUGGCUUCUUUUCCAAGAGGGAUGAACCCCACUGGCACAGGCACAGUUUCUUUCCCAAGGCCAGGUGGUCUCUUGGGCUCGGGCCCAGGCCCAGGCCCAGGCCCAGGCCCAGGUCUAAAUUCUAGAGCAGGGGCUCUUCCAGGCCCAGGGCCUCUGUCUAACCCAAGAUUAGGAGGUCUCCCAGGCACAGGUCCUAUGUCCAACCAGAGGACAGGUGGUCUCCUGGGAGUAGGUCCUGACCCCAGAAGUGGCGGCCCCAUGGGCCCUGGAUCUGGACCCAACUUGAGAGCAGGUGUCCUUUUGACCUCUGGGAAUGGUCCUCCCAAUCCUAGGCCAGUUGGCCUUGGCCCAGGACCAAGUCCCAAUUUGAGAUCAGGCUUCUUAGGUACAAAUCCUGCUCCCAGGUCAGGUAUGUUUCAAGGCCCAGGCCUUGGGCCCAAUCCAAGAGCAAGUGGCCUGGGCCCAGGCCUUGGGCCCAAUCCAAGGGUGGGUGGCCUAGGUCCAGGCCCUAAUCUGGAUGUCAGAGCAGCUGGUGGCCUCUUGGGCACAGGAUCUGGUCUUAACUUAAGAAUGGCUGGACCUCAAGGCCUAGAUCUUGCCCCCAUUCUAAGAGCAGCAGGUCUUCUAGGAGCAAAUUCAGCUUCUUUCUCACAGGCUUCUGGAAACAUGGGCACAAGCCCAUCCUCUAUGACAAGAGUACCUGGCCCUAUAGGCCCAAAUUCGGGUCCUGGCUCUCGGGGAAUUGGCUUUCCAGGGUCAAAUCCAUCUCCCAUGUCACGGGCUCCUGGUCCCAUAGGCCCUAAUUCAGCUCCUUUCUCAAGGCCAGCUGGCCCUAUGGGGAUAAAUGCCAAUCCCUUCCCAAGGGGAACCAGUUCAGGGGGACUGAACCCAACUGCCUUCUCUCAGUCAUCUGGCUCAUUGGCUUCAAACCCCGCUACCUUUCAAAGGUCUGCUGGCCUCCAGGGCUCAAAUCCAGCAAUUUUCCCAAGGGCCUCUGGGCCAUUAGGUCCCAACCCAGCUAACUUCCCAAGGGCCACUGGCCUGCAGGGUCCAAGUCCAGCUACUUUUCCAAGGUCUGCUGGCCCAUUAGGCCCUGGUCAAGUUGCUUUCCCCAGGUCAGCUGCUGGGCCCCUGGGCUCUUCUCCAGCAGGCCCAGUGGGUAUCAACCCAGCUCCUUUUGCAAGGCCAACUGGGACCCUGGGUCUAAACCCUGCUUCCUUUCCAAGGAUGAAUGGCCCUGCAGGCAAGAGUUUGGUCCCAUUUCCUAGAGUGGGGAGCCUCCCUGGCACAAACCCAGCUGCUUUUCCCAGAGCAGGGGGUCCAAUGGCUACAAUGUACCCAAAUGGAAUGUUACCCCCUUAA